UUCAGUUCAGACUGUUAUUGCGGACUCAGAGUCCGAAAAAUAAGGAACAAAAUGUUGAUCCACUCGUGAUACGUGAACUCACGUUAUAUCAUGUUUGUUUGUUUGUUUGUUAGUUAGUUAACUGCGUGAAACUCGAGAGGAGAAGAACGUGAGGGAGGAGCAGUCAAAGUGAAAGUGUUCUGUGACUUUUCUUCAGUCGCCAUUUUAACUGCGCAGCUGAAGGACAGAAAAAAUGACUGAAGUCCUGAAGAUGAGUGGUCGUGGGGAGGAAGACGAGGACGGAGCAGAGUCUCUGGGACUCAGCUGUUUGUCUCUGAACAAAGAUGAACCUGGAGCCUCAGACACAAAACGAGGGAGAGCAGAGUCUCCAGGACCCAGCGGUUGGUCUAUGAAGAGUGACCAGUCUAUGGGGCAACCUCUCGCCUUCAGAAGUGACCAGUCUAUGGGACAACCUCUCGCCUUCAGAAGUGACCAGUCUAUGGGACAACCUCUCACCUUCAGAGGUGACCAGUCUAUGGGACAACCUCUCACCUUCAGAGGUGACCAGUCUAUGGGACAACCUCUCACCUUCAGAAGUGACCAGUCUAUGGGACAACCUCUCACCUUCAGAGGUGACCAGUCUAUGGGACAACCUCUCACCUUCAGAAGUGGACAACCUCUCACCUUCAGAAGUGACCAGUCUAUGGGACAACCUCUCACUUUCAGAAGUGACCAGUCUAUGGGACAACCUCUCACCUUCAGAGGUGACCAGUCUAUGGGACAACCUCCAGUUGUCUUCAGUCCUGAACCUGGAGCCUCUGAGACAAAACACAAGUUUGCUGUUUCUGUGGACGAGCACACGUCCUGCUGUCCUCUGUGUCCGGACGCCCUGGAGAAUCCGGUCUCCACCAGCUGUGGUCAAUGGUUCUGCAAACCCGGCAUCUCCUCAUACUGGGACCAGUCUGGACGUGGACCACAGACAGAUGUUGGUCUGCAGAAGGUUCUAGGUGAACAUAAGAUCAGUCUGAGGAGCAGAUUUAAACAUGUGACUGAAGGAACUAAUGGAAGAGGAAGUAGAACCCCCCUGAACAGGAUCUUCACUGAGCUCUACAUCACAGAGGGACAGAGUGAAGAGGUCAAUACUCAUCAUGAGGUGAUGCAGCUGGAGACGACCUCUAAGAAGAAGAUGGUCCAGGACACUCCCAUCAAGUGCUGCGACAUCUUUAAAGCCUUACCUGACCAGCAGGGGAGCAUCAGAGCCGUCCUGACCAACGGCGUCGCUGGUGUUGGAAAAACCUUCUCGGUGCAGAAGUUCGCUCUGGACUGGGCCGAGGGUUUGGAAAACCAGGAUGUGAAUCUGCUGAUUGUGCUUUCGUUCAGGGAGCUGAACCUGAUCAGAGAUGAGCAGCACAGUCUUCUCACACUGCUCCAUGUUUUCUAUCCAACAUUAGAGAAGGUCAGAGCAGAGAAGCUCGCUGUCUGUAAACCUUUGUUCAUCUUUGAUGGUCUGGAUGAAAGCAGACUCUCACUGGACUUCAACAGCAGGACUCUGGUUUCUGACGUCACACAAAGGUCAUCAGUCAACGUGCUGCUGACCAACCUCAUCCAGGGGAAUCUGCUUCCCUCGGCUCUCAUCUGGAUAACUUCUCGACCUGCAGCGGCCAAUCAGAUCCCUCCUACAUGUGUUGACAGGGUAACAGAAGUACGAGGCUUCACUGAGGACCAGAAGAAUGAGUACUUCAGGAAGAGAUCCAGAACUGAAGAUCUGUCCAGCAGAAUCAUCUCACACAUCAAGACGUCCAGGAGCCUCCACAUCAUGUGUCAAAUCCCAGUCUUCUGCUGGAUCAGUGCUACAGUUCUGGAGCACAUGUUGACCACAGAGCAGAGAGGAGAGCUGCCCAAGACCCUGACAGACCUGUACUCACACUUCCUGCUGGUUCAGACAAAGAGGAAGAAGAACAAGUAUGAUGACGGACGUGAGACAAGUCCACGGGAGCUGGUGGAGGCCGACAGGGACGUUCUUCUGAAGCUGGGGAGGCUGGCCUUUGAACAUCUGCAGAAAGGAGACAUCUUGUUCUACCAAGAAGACCUGGAUCGGUGUGGUCUUGAUGUGACCGAGGCCAUGGUGUACUCUGGAGUUUGUACAGAGAUCUUCAGAAGAGAGAGCGUGAUCUUCCAGAAAACAGUCUACUGCUUUGUUCAUCUGAGCAUUCAGGAGUUUCUGGCUGCAGUCUACAUGUUCCACUGUUUCACCAACAGGAAGACAGAGGUAUUGCAGGACUUCUUUAGACAAGAAAACAAAGACCGGGACUCGAACAGGUUUAGUAGAAACUUUUCACUCGAUGACUUCCUGAAAGCAGCCAUGGCGAAAUCCCUUCAAAGUGAAAAUGGUCACCUGGACCUGUUUGUUCGCUUCCUUCAUGGACUCUGUCUGGAGUCCACCCAGAAACUCUUAGGAGGUCUGCUGGGUCAGACUCAGAACAGUCCAGAAAUCAUCCAGAGAGUCAUCGAGAACCUGAAAGAGAUGAACACAGACAACAUCUUACCUGACAGAAGCAUCAACAUCUUCCACUGUCUGACAGAGAUGAACGACCAAUCAGUGCAUCAAGAGAUCCAAGAGUUCAUGAAGUCCGAGAGAGAAUAUGUACUCUCUGAGAUCCACUGCUCAGCUCUGGCCCACAUGCUGCAGAUGUCUGAGGAGGUUCUGGAUGAGUUGAACCUUCACAAGUACAUAACAUCAGUCCAGGGAAAACACAGAAUGAUUCCAGCUGUGAGGAACUGCAGGAAGGCUGUGUUGAGGGGCUGCAGUUUGUCAGAGAUCAGCUGUCCUCCUCUGGUCUCAGCUCUGAAGUCCAACCCCUCCCACCUGAUAGAACUGGACCUGAGCUGGAACCAUGAUCUGCAGGAUUCAGGAGUGAAGCUGCUGUGUUCUGGACUGGAGAGUCCACAUUGUAGACUGAAAAUUCUGUGGUUGAGUCGCUGCUCUUUGACAGAGAUCAGCUGUUCUUCUCUGGUCUCAGCUCUGAAGUCCAACCCCUCCCACCUGAGAACACUGGACCUGAGCAACAACGAGCUGCUGGAUUCAGGAGUGAAGCUGCUGUGUUCUGUACUGGAGAGUCCACUCUGUAGAUUGGAGAUUCUGGAGUUCAGUGGCUGCAGAUUGUCAGAGAUCAGCUGUUCUUCUCUGGCCUCAGCUCUGAAGUCCAACCCCUCCCACCUGAGAGAACUAGACCUGACCUGGAACAAGCUGCAGGAUUCAGGAGUGAAGCCUCUGUCUGAUCUUGUGAAGAGUCCAGACUACAGACUGGAGACUGUGAGGUGGGAGUGAUGACGAUCUUUAUCCCGAGUUCUGCUCUGUGACGCAGCUUCAGCAGAUCUGGGACAGAAACCAUCUGAAGGACAAUGUCGGGUUCUCUGUCGCCGCGAUCGCUGUGACAUCAUCGGAGUUUCUUUCUCCGUGCUAAAUGUUUGCUCAUCAUAUGAGCUGUUGUGUUGGCUGCACUGUCACUGUUAAGUAUCAAGUACUGUCAAUUUAAUGUCAAUCUAAGUGGGGACAGUUUUGGUCCACAAAAGAGAAGACCUGAUAAAAGUUCUCAAUUUGAACUUACAUGAACACACAUACACACGUGCGGGUAAUUUGUAGUGUUGUGUUUUAUUAACAAAAAGAUUUAUUUAACAAAAGACUCAUCAAAUCUAUGUCCAUUUCAUAUCUUAAGAACAUGUUUACGUCUUUAUUUUACUGUGAGAGACUUUUCCAACAGGAAACUGAAGUUUGUAAAGCACUCACACAUGCUUUAAAAUACAAAUCUGAUUUAUCUGUUACAAUGUGAAAACAAAUGU